AUGUUUUUAACAAAAUUAAUAUAUCUUCUAUUAUUUUUAUCAUCAUUAUGUACAGCAAAUCGUUGGUAUCGAAUGUUUUAUUCAAAUCAUGAUGAUCCAUGUGUUGAUCGUCAUAAUCGUCAUCAACGAUGUAUACCCGAUUUUAUAAAUGCAGCUUUUCGUAAAACAAUCUAUGCAUCAUCAAUAUGUGGUAAUCCUAUAAGAGAAUAUUGUUCAAAUAAAAAUAUAUGUCAUAUAUGUGAUUCAUCGCAAAUAAAUACAAGUUAUCCAGUUGAGUAUUUAACUGAUAUUAAUAAUCCAAAUAACUUAACAUGUUGGCAAUCUGAUUUUAUUAAACCAGGAGAAAAUAUAUCAUUGAUAUUAUCAUUAAAUAAAAAAUUUGAAUUAACUUAUAUUAGUUUACAAUUUUGUUCUGAUACUAGACCAGAUUCUAUGGCUAUUUUCAAGAGUAUGGAUAUGGGUUUAUCAUGGAUACCAUUGCAAUAUUAUUCAAACCAUUGUGAAGAAGUUUUCAAUAAAAGUUCACAUGGAAUAAUAACACACUCAAAUGAACAAGAAGCUUUAUGUAUUGAUACUAAAUUACAAUUAUCAUCCUCAAUGAGUGAAUCACGUAUUGCAUUUAGUACACUUGAAGGUCGUCCAUCAGCUUAUGAAUUCGAUACAAGUCCAGUCUUACAAGACUGGGUUACAGCAACCGAUAUUAAAAUAGUUUUAUUAUCAACAAACACAGAUAAAAAUUAUUAUUCUAUAGCUGAUUUUGCUGUUGGUGGACGAUGUAAAUGUAAUGGACAUGCAUCAAAAUGUAUUACAAAUAGUGAUGGUCGUUUAGUAUGUGAUUGUAAACAUAAUACAGCAGGUGAUGAAUGUGAAAGAUGCAAAGAUUUUCAUUAUGAUCGACCAUGGGCUCGUGCAACACCGCGUGAUGCAAACGAAUGUAUCGCAUGUAACUGUAAUAAUCAUUCGCGACAAUGUCGUUUCAAUAAAGAACUUUAUCUUCUAUCUGGUCGUAAAUCAGGUGGAAUAUGUAUGCAAUGCAAACAUAAUACAGUUGGUCGCUAUUGUAGUUAUUGCAAAGAAACAUUUUAUCAAGAUCCAAAUUUACCAAUAACACAUCCAGAAAUUUGUAAAGAAUGUAAUUGUCAUCCGGUGGGUUCACGUGGUAAAGUUUGUAAUCAAACAACAGGACAAUGUCUAUGUAAAGAUGGUGUUACUGGUUUAAGAUGUGAUCGAUGUAUGAAAGGUUAUCAACAAACCAAAUCACCUGUUGCUCCAUGCAUUAAAACAUAUGAUUUUCAAUUACCAACAUUAUAUAAUGUCUAUCAUCGACAAGAUAACACAGAUGAUUAUCAUGAACAAGAUGUUGAUAUUUAUAAUAAUCCUACAACCACAUCAACAAUAGUUCAUCAAAAACUUGUAGAAUAUAAUCCAUCCAUCGAUUUAGAACAAUAUUGUGGUGCAUGUCGUUAUUAUAGUCAUCGCUUACAUUUUAAAAAAUAUUGUAAACGAGAUUAUACUAUUCAUGCACGUGUAACGAAUCGACAUGAUGCUGGUCAAUGGGUAUCAUAUUUAUUAACAAUUAUACGUGUUUAUAAAGAUCGUCUUAAUCGUAUACAAGAGAGUGAACAAUGGAUAUGGGUAUCACGUAAAGAUGUUCAAUGUUCAUGUCCACAUUUAAAACUUGAUCGACAAUAUUUAUUAAUGGGUUUCUAUGAUCAAAUGCAAACAUCUUUAAGUCUUGACCGUACAUCCGUUGUUAUUCAAUGGAGACCACGUAUGGAACAACGUAUGAAUCGUUUUAGAAAAUUAGAAUUAAAUAAAAAAUGUUAA